GUGAAUAUAAGCGCCUUCAUUGCGCGCGUUGCAACAGCUGGUGUGACAAGUAGCAUGGGAUGGGCUAUCUGGACGAUGAAAGAUAAUCUCGAAGAUGAACCCAGCGACGAUAUGUACAGCGCUUGUGUCUCUGCUGCCGCCAUGUGGAUCCUAUGUGCUGGUCAGUGGUUGUUCGUGCGGGCUGUCCAGGCUCCUGAGGAGGAUGAGGACGCUCCUCGGUUGUGGAACACUGGGUCCAGAUACCAUGGUCCGAUCUUUGGGAUGGAGAGAUGGAAUUUCUGGCAGAAGGCAUUUGAGGCUGCAGCGGAGCGAGAAAUUGCGGCUGCUGAGUGUAGAAGCUUGGCUAGUAAGGCCAAGGAUCUUAUGUCUGCUAUUGCGAAAGGGAUGACUUGGUAA